AUGAAACACACAGUGAAUUUGAAUGGCCACGGUGCAGACGGCCACAAUGGUAACGAUGGAGACGGCAACGUCGGAACACAGGGGUGGCGUCGUGGCAAGGGUGGAAAAAAGCAGCUGCCGUACGACCCGUUCCAGAUGCGUGACGACUCCAACUCAACCACUGCUACCGGUGCCUUGUUACAUCUGAUAAAGAGUAGUCUCGGUUCUGGCGUCCUGGCCAUGCCGAAUGCGUUCAAAAACGGAGGUCUUAUUUUUGGCCUGUUUGGCACAGCUGCCAUAGGGGCGCUGUGUGCGCACUGCAUCUAUCUUCUUGUGGUGUGCUCGCAAUCACUGGCCCGUCGCACACGGCGUCCGGCCCUCGGUUUCGCCGACACAGCGUACGAGGCAUUUAAGACAGGCCCGCACCGGUUUCGCGCCUGGGCCGCGUUCGCCAGAGGGUUUGUUAACGCUGCACUAUUUUGCACGUACUAUUUCGGCAACUGUGUGUACGUCAUACUCGUCUCGGCGUCGUUCAAACAGGUCGCAGACAACCACACGCCUGAAGAGUGGCACUUCUCCAUCCGUACCUGGAUCUUGAGUCUAGCCUUGCCGAUUCUUCCUCUCGGCAUCGUUCGUUCACUAAGGGUGCUGGUUCCUUUCUCGGCCGUGGCUACGACAUUUAUACUGGUCGGUUUGGGUUGCUCCAUGGCCUGGGUGGUGAUCGGUGUCAGUCCGUUUUCCAGCAAAGAAGCUGUGCUGGCAGCCGUACCACUGCCCGAUAUGGCGUCUCGACCCUGGGUAGGCACCAUCGCUCACAUGCCGCUGUUCUUUGCAACCGUUGUCUUCGCCAUGGAGGGUAUCGGCACCGUUCUACCGAUUGAGAAUUCGAUGCGCCAUCCAGAACAUUUCCUCAGGGCCCGUCCGUGUGGAGUGUUGAAUGCCGCCAUGACGCUGGUCGUAUUUUUGUACUCGAUGGCCGGCUUCCUUGGAUACUUGCGUUUCGGCAAUUCCACUGAGGGUUCGAUCACGCUCAAUCUACCCAAUGAUUUAUUUGCUGAGACGGUUAAGAUCAUGGUCACACUAUCGAUACUCUUCUCAUACGGUUUGCAGUUUUGUGUCCCCAGUGAAAUCGUUUGGGCACGCUUGAGGCCCUGGCUACGGAAACGCAAAUGGGAUGCCAAGUAUUCACUUCCUACGACAGACAAAGAUACUUCCACUAUGGCUGUGAGCACCAUUGCUGGUAGUAUAGUGACCAUGACCACGGUCACUUCAACAAUGAAUCAUACCACGAACGACGAGAAGAAACAGACUGAAGUAGAUGAACUGGAUGACCAAGAAAAGUUUGUGGAGUGGGAGUACUACGUCAUGCGGGCUCUAAUGAUCCUGGGAACCUUUGGUAUUGCCGCCAUCGUACCCAACCUUGCCCCCAUCAUCUCUUUAUUUGGGGCAGUGUUCUUCUCCAUCCUGGGACUUAUGUGUCCAGCUGUAAUACAUCUGGUUGCAUUUUGGGAAUAUAACAACGGAAAUGAAAAUUGUGAAAAUUACGAGGACUCGGAUUCAGAAAACGAUUUAAGAUUUGACGGUGUCGAUAACUAUGCGAUGUUUGACGAUAUGGGUAUAGAAUGUGGUAAUAAUUCACAGCGACAACAGCAAAGGAGAAUGAACAAUGUUGAAUCUAGUACCAAAAAUAAGGGCAUGAGCAGACUUACGGCCGCCAAAGACGUGGCCAUCGCUUUACUCGCUAUAUUUGCCAUGGUCUCUGGGGCAUAUGCGUCUUUAGUAGACAUAUUUCAAUCUUACGGAUUCAGUAAAGAGCACACUUUAAAUUCUACCAUUGAAGUGAUAACGACUACUAUAGGCCCGGGGCCGGAGUCAGCGUUCCUGUUGAUACAAUAA